GCUUCUGGACGCAGGUAGUGGCAGGCUGAAGAUAUUCGUGGACAUUGGUGGCGACCGGACGACGAGCGACAUUUGCUGCCUGCUGGCUCUUUUGGAGCAGGUGCUCAGCACUCUCCAGCCGAAGCAGCCGUUGUCGGCGGUGGUGGUGGUCAAGUCCAAAGCCCUGGCCACUGCCGCGGCCGAAGCCGCUGGCGCCGACGGGACCAUCCCAGAGCCACAGUUGCGGCCCUGGCUCGAAGGUAUAGCCAGGAAGCAGCCGGCCAGCUCCAAGCAGCUGAAGAAGAAGCUGGCACGGGCUCGCAAGGCGCAGUGGCAGCAGGCGGACGAUACCACGUGGCAGGCUUUCGAGAAGCAGCGGAUCCAAUGGGACGCCCUCUGCAACGAGGAGCAAGCGCACCUGAUAAGCGAGCUCCUCAGGCUGAAGCAGGAGCAUCCCGAGGCCUUCUCUGCUUCUGACUGCUUCUUUUCGGUUGUGGACUCUGAAUUGGAGGCAUGGGCUGAGACUCUGAGGUCCAUGUCGGAGGUCGUGGUGAAAUUGCCCGGUACCAAGGCAUGUGGAUGCAGAGGCUACGUGGGCAGCUGCUGUGAUCUCGUGGCUGGUGGUGUCAGUGCGCUCACUGCUCAGUUGGCUUUUGGGGCUACGAGGAACGAAGGAAUCUUCAUGGUUGCUCAAGGUUGCCCUCUUGUAGCAGUAUUGCCCACGAUGAUGAUGUUCUUCGUUGCCCGAAGCCCUGCUGGGGCUUUCAGAAAGUGCCAGAUAAAUGCCAUGGACACGCUAUUGAAAGAAAGAGAUGACGCUUCGACGCAUUGCAAGAGAGAGCAACGACCAGAUAGGCAGCUAGCAGAGCCGGAGCCCCAGCUGAUCUCUGUCGCUUCCACGACUUUCUGUGAUUCCUGGGGCAUACUGGGCCGCACCGAUCACAUGGGUGAAGCGAUACGUGCAAAUGUAAAUGCAGAGGACAUGCUGCACAAUGUUGAGGUAGACUAUGAAACAGCGACGGUGGACGAGCUGAUGUACUUCAGUCAACCAGACAUUGCUGUGCUGGUGAUGAUCCUCGUCGUUGGAGUGGUUGUGCAGCCCACAGUGCGCCUGAUGAAAAUCUUCGAUGUCAGGUGUGACUGUUCCGCUUUGAUGCCGGCGCGCCAAGACGAUGACGCAGACCUGUACGACCCGGAUGACCCAGCAUCCGACUGGGGGGAGGUCGUGCAAGAAGCUGCGCUGGAAGAGGCCCGAAAGAAAAGACAAAGGAAUUGCAAAGGUUGGAUCCAGGAGCGGACAGCAUCCCUGCAAGAGAAGUUUCAGCGCAUUUCGAAAUGCAUCCGCCGUGGGAAAAAGAAGGAGCCAGAGUCUCCAGCAUCCGGCCGAGGUGAAGCGAAGGUGCGGCGGAUGACCUCCAAGUCGAGUCAGGGCCGUGGUGCUUCGCAGAGUGUCGUCCGCACCUCCUCCAAGCUGAGCCGCGGGAGCCGCGGCAGCCGCGGGCGCAGCCCGUCUAAGGGCUUUCAGGGUACCGGACGUGCAGAGUCCAAGAGCAGCCGGGGCAGCCGGGGCGCGGACUCUGAUGGCAGAUCCGAUGGACUCCUGCAUGAGGACGAAGACGAGCAGGAGGAGUUGCCUGCGAAGUCCGAGACGCGAAGAGUUUCCGCGACGAUUUCAAAGGAGGUUCCGGAAGUCUUCGAGGAGAAGAGAGCGACCUCGGCUUGUUUCCCGCCUGGUUUUGUUUGGGAAGACGGCACGGACCCCACGCUGGUCGACAACCUGGAGAAAUACCUCAAGUGGGAGGCCACGGGGAAGGAGCUCGAGGAUGUCGAAGAGCGUGACAUUCAUCCAGGCUUUCACGCAGGAAACCUGAAGGGCAUGGCCCGGCUUGCGCGGCAGCAGCACCAGUCGCUCCUCCUCCCGAUCGUGGAGCCCAUGACAGGGCGCUCGGCGAAAUCGCACUCCUACUCUGCCGACACCCUCUACUACUCCUGCAGCACAUUGCGGGAGAGCCGGCGCAAGAAGCGAAAGCGCGGGGCCAUUAAAGGCCCAGGAGGGAAGCAGAUGGCCCGGGCCCUAAAAGGCUGA